AUGGCUGCACUGAGUUGUCUUUUGGACAGUGUUAGGAGGGACAUUAAGAAGGUGGACAGAGAACUGAGGCAACUGCGGUGCAUCGACGAACUCAGCUCGCGCUGCCUGUGUGACCUGUACAUGCACCCCUACUGCUGCUGCGACCUGCACCCCUACCCCUACUGCCUGUGCUAUUCCAAGCGGUCCAGGUCCUGCGGCCUGUGUGACCUCUACUACCCGUGCUGCCUGUGCGACUACAAGCUGUACUGCCUGCGCCCGUCGCUGCGCAGCUUGGAGAGGAAGGCCAUCAGAGCCAUCGAGGACGAGAAGAGAGAGCUUGCCAAACUCCGAAGAACCACGAACAGGAUCUUGGCCUCCUCCUGCUGCAGCAGUAACAUCUUGGGAUCCGUGAACGUGUGCGGCUUUGAACCUGACCAAGUGAAAGUGCGCGUGAAGGACGGCAAGGUGUGCGUGUCGGCCGAGAGGGAGAACAGGUACGACUGCCUCGGAUCCAAGAAGUACAGCUACAUGAACAUCUGCAAGGAGUUCAGCCUGCCACCCUGCGUGGACGAGAAGGACGUGACCUACUCCUACGGGCUCGGCAGCUGCGUCAGGAUCGAAUCUCCAUGCUACCCUUGCACUUCCCCCUGCAACCCCUGCAACCCCUGCAACCCCUGCAGCCCCUGCAGCCCCUGCAACCCCUGCAACCCCUGCAGCCCCUGCAGCCCCUGCGACCCCUGCAACCCCUGCUACCCCUGCGGAAGCCGCUUCUCCUGUAGGAAGAUGAUUUUGUAA